CAGGAAGGUGAUUCUGUGGGAGGAGUGUAAGGUGACACCAGAGAGCCUCACCCAGCAGCUGCCACAAACACACACUCACACACUCGCUCACACACACACACACACACACACACACAUACACACACACACACCUCAGUUCAGGACAAACACUCGACCCAAAAGUCACGGCUGCGCUCUCCUGACCAGUUUUUCCUCCACAGUCUGACCAUGAGGUGGUGCUCUACUCCUCGUCUUCCUCUCCUCCUCUUCCUCGCCUUCCUCCUCCUGAUUGGCCGGUCGAGCGGAAAAAGCCCAGGGUUCAAGAUCUGUGCCUUUAACACGCUGGGCCUGAACGCCGCCAAAGCUGCAAACUCCAGAGUCACACACACUCUGACCAGGAUUGUGUCUCGCUGUGACAUCACUCUCCUGCAGGAAGUGAAGGAUUCUGGGGGUUCGGCAGUGAGGGCUCUGGAAGCUGCUCUCAACAGGUACAGUGACAGGUAUGACCAGUAUCACUACCAGUCAGUGUCCAGUGCUGCUCUGGGAAACGACCCCAAGGACAUGCAGCAGUACGUCUUCAUCUACAGGACGGAGACGGUGAAUGUCACGGCUCAGCAUCAGUACCGAAAGCCUCAGUCGUUUGUGAGAGAACCCUUCGCUGUUCGUUUCCGCAGCAACAAAACCGCGACAAAAGACUUUGUGCUGGUUGCGCUGCACACGGUGCCGGAGAAGGCUGUCCAGGAGAUCGACCGGCUCUAUGAUGUUUUCCAGGAAGUUAGCAAGAAGUGGAACACCCAGAAUGUGAUGUUCCUGGGAGACUUUAACGCCGGCUGUGCUCACAUGACCCGAGCCAACAAGAGGCAGAUCCGACUGUUCAGCCAGCCGGGUUUCUUCUGGCUGAUCGGAGACAAGGUGGACACGACGGUGGGCGACGGCACCAACUGUCCCUAUGACAGGAUUGUGGUGUAUGGAGAACCCUUCCUGAAGACCAUCAAGCCGUAUUCUGCCAAGGCCUUCAACUUUCCCAAGGAGUUCAGGCUGCAGAGGGAGCGGGCGCUGAAGGUGAGCGACCACCUGCCUGUGGAGGUGGAGCUUAACAGCUCUGCCCACCUGUGUCAGGCCACGCCCCUCCUGCUCCUGCUGCUGUGUGUCAUCGCCCAGUCCUGCCUGUCCGCUCUGUGAUCGUCUGGUCGGGUCUGAGCUGUAUAUUAACGUGUAUGAUGUAACAUGCAGACGCUGAUGAGUCACACUUCUCAGGAACAUUUCGACAGGCGGACAGUUUCUUUAAUCAGGUCCAGAUCAAAUGUUCAGCCACAUGCAAACCUGCUCUGUGUGUGAUUCACACCACUGUGUGCUCAGCGUAUAUGUUACCAUGGAAACCACUGUGUCCUUAAACUCUGGCUCAAUGUUAUUAUAGUACCCUCUGUUCAAGAACUCCGAUUCCAUGUUGCCGCGGUAACCACUGUGCUCUAGAACUCUGGUUCCAUGUCACCGUGGUAACCCCUGUGAUCUAGAACUCUGGUUCCAUGUCACCGUGGUAACCCCUGUGAUCUAGAACUCUGGUUCCAUGUCACCAUGGUAACCCCUGUGAUCUAGAACUCUGCUUCCAUGUCACCACGGUAACCACUGUGCUCUGAAAUCCUGGUUCCAUGUUGCCAUGGUAACCACUGUGCUCUAAAAUCCUGGUUCCAUGUCACCGUGGUACUUGCCGCUCUAAAACCCCGUCCCAUGUUACCAUGGUAUUUCUAGAACUGUGGCUCUACGUUGCCAUGGUAACUGUAACACGGUAACCAUAGUUAUUUCAUGCUAAAUCAUAAAGAAUAUGACACUGAGCCUUUGAUCCAGCUGAAAGCUAAUCUGACAGAUUGGUGGCAUGAAAGCAAAGUUCAUCACAGGUUCCAGUUACUGAGUCAUAUUAAGAGUCACGUUGCUGACAAAAUUAAAUGAUUUAUCAUUUAAAAACAACUUUUCACACAGUGAACUCUUCCUGUACCAGACAUGCAGAGUUCUCCUCACUGUGACUCUGACUCUGUCCUCAGCCAAGACAGCAGCACUGUGGCUGUGCUGGAAUCUUCUCAGGGAAACACACACACACACACACACACACACACACACGCACACACACACACCGAUGCUGAGAUUUCUGUCUCGGGUGUGUGAUUACGUGGCAGACGCCUGCUGCUCCCCUGCAGAGGAAGCUUCCACACGGUGUGACAGGGCUGAGGAUGAUGAUGCUGUGUUCAGAGUGCAGUGUGUGUUGCUGCCGGAUGCCGCCGCUGGGAAUUGAACCAGUGACUGUGGCAGUGUGGCAGCCUUGGCUCGUCCUCUGACCGACACACAGUCCCGUCCCGUCCCGUCUGAGUGAACCGACGCACUGCAGACUGAGUGUGAAUGUGGAUUAUCCAGCUUGUCACACACUCAGUCAGGUAAAUCAAUAAUCUGUGAUCGAUCAAGUUUUAAAGGUGAUCGGUGUGAUCCUGCUGCUGUCGUGUCUGUUUAUCUGGUGAAACAGCAGGUUUUUAACGACAGCUGCCAUUUUAUACUCUGUACAGAAUCCCAUGUAAAUAUCUGGAAGAAGUCUGGAAUAUUUUAUGAAUGUUUGUAUGUUUAUGUUUUUAGCAUGAAAUAAUAAAUUUUUUAACAUUGAAA